CUUGGCCACGCCCCCACGUCGGGGCCCUUCCGUGCGCGUUGAUAUGAUUGGUCAGCAGUGAACAGCUCUCUCUUCCUCCUCUCCAGCUCCAGCACCGUAGCCAUCAUGAAUGACACGGUAACCAUCCGGACCAGGAAGUUCAUGACAAACCGCCUGCUUCAGAGGAAACAGAUGGUCAUUGAUGUCCUUCAUCCUGGGAAGGCAACAGUACCAAAGACAGAAAUUCGGGAGAAGCUGGCCAAAAUGUACAAAACCACCCCAGACGUCAUCUUUGUAUUUGGAUUCAGAACUCACUUCGGUGGUGGCAAGACGACUGGGUUUGGCAUGAUCUAUGAUUCUUUAGAUUAUGCAAAGAAGAAUGAGCCAAAACACAGACUUGCCAGACAUGGCCUUUAUGAGAAGAAAAAGACCUCCCGAAAACAGCGGAAGGAACGCAAGAACAGAAUGAAGAAGGUCAGGGGCACUGCAAAGGCCAAUGUUGGUGCUGGCAAAAAGAAAUGAGCUAUCUAGCAGUGAGUGGAGAUUGGAUACAGCCAAAGGAGUGAACUGCGGUGACCUGAUGUUGUGCUAUGAUGUGCAGAUUUCUAAAAGGACAAAUAAACUAAAAAGCUUCUA